AUGUCUCGAAGCACGACACUGACCGAGAAUACUCCCGUGGCAUCUAGCCGCAGCUCCAGAACAUUGGAGGAGGGAAAGUAUCAUGACGGAGCACCCAGCAAUCGCUCUCAGAUGUUCGGUUCCGUCCGAGACUACCUCGAGCAGGAACUCGUGGCCAAAUACAUGGGAGCCGUCAUCUUACUCUGCUUCUUCGUCUCCGGCCUCAUCGAUGCCGUCGCAUUCAACUCAUGGAAUUGCUUCGUUGGCAUGCAAACAGGCAACACGAUUUUCGCCGCGCUCGGCCUCUCCGGACAACCAGAAGCCACCCACAACCGCCAGUACUACAAGUCCCUUCUCGCCAUCGCCGCUUUCUGCUUGGGCACGCUGUUCUUCAACUUCCUCCACCGUCGUCCAACCAACUUCCACUCCCUGCCCGCCUCCCGCCGUCGUUGGAUUCUCGUCACAUCCUUCUGCAUACAGACAAUCAUGGUUGCUACAGCCGCCAGCCUCGUCACGGCACAUCUCGUGUCCAAUAGGCCGUACAUCAGUGGCGUCUUCUCCUCGGGAAGUCAGAAGGAUGAGCCGCAUAUCAGAUCGAGGAUGAUCUGGCUAGACCUUUGUCCCAUUGCUUUACUAGCAUUCGGCGCCGCCGGUCAGGUCACGUUGAGUCGUGUGCUAGGGUUGAUGGAGCUGCCCACUACGGUAUUGAGUGCGCUUUUCCAUGACUUCACGGCCGAUCUCUACAACCUGAAGUGGGCGUGGGAUAAGAGCAUGUCAGUCAAGGGUUUCUUCUUGGUUGAGGAGAGAAGACAGCUGACGCGACUGAACUCCAUCGUUGCAUUGUUCUUGGGCGGGUAUGUUGGUGGGCGGAUGUACAAAAGUCCCAUGGGAAUGGCGGGUGCCCUCUGGUUUGCGGUGGGCAUCAAAUUCUGUAUCACGGUCGCCUUUCUGCUGUGGAAGAAGGAGACAGCUGUAGCUGAGCAGGAAGAGACGGAGAUGCCGCAACGUGGGGGACCAGAGACUCUGCCAAAGUGA